UUGACAUAAUACCGGCUGAGUGUCCCCCGAGCGCCACCCUUUGAACAUCAAUCAACACCCUCAGCAUUUCAAUUUCGGGCCGGGACCACCAAGGGCCUUACACUCGAUCAUGAUGCUUUCUCGCGCACCCAAAGCGUCUUUCGCGCCUGGAGCCCGGCCGCGAGCUGUGGCUCCCCGCAGCAACCGCGUGCGGGUGGUGCGGGUGGCCGCCACGCUGACUGACUUGGGCGAGGACGGCAAGAUCCUGGUGGCGGGUGCCAGCGGCGGCUGCGGCAAGCGCGUGGUGGACGUGCUGUCCUCCCGCGGCGUGCCGGUGCGGGCGCUGGUGCGGGACGUGUCCAAGGCCACCAGCGGCAGCGGCCUGCUGGCGGGCGUGGGCUCCACCACUGAGGUGGUGCGCGGGGACGUGUUCCAGUACGCCAGCCUGCCGCCGGCGCUGGACGGCUGCGCCGCGGUGGUGUGCUGCACGGGCGCCAGCGACCCGCGCGACCCGCUGGGGCCCUUCAACGUGGACUUCCAGGGCACGCUGAACCUGAUUGCGGCCGCCAAGCAGGCGGGAGUGAAGCAUUUUGUGCUGGUGACCAGCAUUGGCGCCGAUGAGCUCAUCAACCCGCUCAACCUGUUCUGGGGCGUGCUGUUCUGGAAGAAGCGCGCGGAGGAGGAGCUGCAGCGCUCCGGCCUCACCUACACCAUCGUGCGCCCCGGCGGCCUCAAGUCCAAGCUGGGCGACGGCGAGAGUGCCGGCAACGUGGUAAUGGCGGCGCCCGGCACCUACGGCUUCCCGCCGCGCAAGUCCGGAUCCAUCCUGCGCACGCAGGUGGCGGAGGUGUGUGUUGCGGCGCUGACGGAGCCGGCCGCCGCCAACAAGGUGGUGGAGGUUAUUGCGGAGAAAGACGCGCCCGCCAAGGCCUGGGCCGACCUGUUCUCUGCCGUCAACUGGUUCUAGGCGCGCUCAGUCUGCUAACACUAAUGGAGUCAUCGGGGCUGCGUUGGCUCGUGCUAGCUGACGCUGGCUGAUGGGCUGUUCCUGCUUACGGAAGCUGUGAAUGCGGGAUCUUUCAUAGCGCAAAGAGCCAACUUUUGUGAGCGGCACUGGUCAAUAUGGGUGAGAGAGCAAGCACGGAGGGAGCUGCACAUAUGAGAGACGGGGAGGAAGGGGGGUGCGACCCGUCGACGACAGGAAUCAAGCGCGGUGCCCGCAGUGGCUUUGGGGCCCUGCGGUGUUACGUCUGUCACAGAUGCACCGCUGCUUCUGCGGGAAUUGACGCUGCGACUGUUAGCCAUCUGCUUUUGCGUACAUUGCAUGUCCAUACGAUAAAUUCAUGCCUGUGUAUGCGGUAAUGCGCGAUGCGGCCAUACUGAGAUGAGAGUGAGAGAGCCCUGUGGUAGAUAUCUGUGCUGUCGGCCAUUGCCGAAGGUGACACACCAUCAAGAGACGGGUGUUAAUAGGGUGAUAACAAUCAGCUGUUGCUCAGUUGCUAUUGAGUCGUGUAAGACGCGCUGAGCGUGUGAGCACCCCUGCGUGUGAGAGUCUGGGGCUUCGAGAGAGUGGUGUGGUUGCCAUAUGGAUGCGGAUGUUACAGAGGGGACAGUCCCAGCUCCCGAAGACGCCGAGCCAUCACAUGCUAUCAGGGCCCAACCCCGACUUUGCUGCAAACCCUCCCGCGGGCAAAGACCGUGUGACCAUAUGCAGCCGCCUGCACCGGUUGUCUUUUGUUUGUGAAUAUUUCAUGGCAUGUCUGGCCUGCCGUACGAGACACUUGCAUCAUUGUAUUCUUUUCCAAAGUCCGCCAAAAGACACGGUCACUAGGCACCGCGGACAUGUAACAAAUGCUAUGUGCGGUGCUCAUAGUCUCAGGGCCAUGCAAGGCCUUAGGGAUACUUCCGAGCAGCGAUGCGUCUUGCGUUUCUGCAGGCCCCCAUCUGCUACAUGUAAUCAGACCUUGGG